AAUAAUAGGAAAAGAAGCUUUGCCCAAACAGAAUUGGGAUAGCUCAUAUUUGGGUGUGGAAAAAUUGGGGUAAAAGAAAACUCGAAUCCACUUUAUCUCUCUGAAUUGGACUCAGAGAGAGAGGAAGGAGGAAGAAGACUUGUUUAAGCUUUUGGAGUUUUCGUCAUUGGGUUUAUAGAAAUCUUCGACAUUGAGAAUGGAUCAGAUAUUGAACAAAGUGGGUUCUUACUGGAUAGGUAAGAGAGCCAACAAGGAGAUCAAUUCCGUCGGUGAUGACAUUAAUUCAUUGCAAAGCAGUAUUGAAGGAGGAACAAAAUGGCUAGUGAACAAGCUUAAAGGAAAAAUGCAAAAGCCAUUGCCAGAUCUUCUGAAGGAGUAUGAUGUUCCUGUAGGUAUUUUUCCUCGGGAUGCCACCAAUUACGAGUUCAAUGAAGAGACACGAAAGCUCACUGUCUUUAUACCCUCUGUAUGUGAAGUUGGUUACAAGGAUUCAUCUGUAUUACGCUUCUCUACAGCUGUUACUGGAUAUCUGGAAAAAGGAAAGCUAGUUGAGAUUGAAGGAAUAAAAACAAAGGUGAUGGUGUGGGUAAAAGUUACUGCCAUCUCUUCAGAAAAAUCCAAGGUUCAUUUCACAGCUGGGUUGAAGAAAACCCGAAGUAGGGAGGCUUACGAGGUUCUGAGAGAUGGAGUAGCUAUUGAAAAGUUCUAGUGAGAUAAUUGUCUUUGAAUGUUCGAUAUACUAUGAAGCCAUUCUCAGGGCUCAAAAUUACAACUUCUGUUUGUUAAUUUCUGUCUCUUCUUUGUAUGCUGCUGUGUUGGUUUUCUAAGUUUGAUUUCAAAAUAUGUUUCUUACCUUGGCAUGUUAGAGUAAGUAACAAACAAACCCCCCAACAACUUUGAACUGAUAUUACUACUUUGUUUAGACAGUCCUAGUAAUAAAAAAAAUGUUGGCAUUUUAUUU